AUGUCCUCGUCUUCAAUCUCUGCUUUCUCUGGUUCUCGGAUGCUGCAGGCCGAGGUGUUUUAUGUUCGACCUGGUUCACGUGCUGCAGGUGUUUCACCUUCUGGGUCUCCUCCCCCUAAGACUGAAGAGGUUAAGAAGGAACUCACAACUACUAGUGCAGAUUCUCAGGCCCAGAAAUUGUUGUGCAGGAAGCUCCAGAAUUGCAGAGUUGCUCUGUUUGGUAUAUGCUUGUUAGGAAAUUUGUUUUGGCAUGGAGUUUGGAUUGUUGUUGAUGUUAUGUAUGCAGCUACUAAUGCUGAUUCUCAGGCCUUCAGCUGCAAUUUCGCCUUGCUGCUGGGGAAGACGGGCACGAUGACGAUGCUGUACAAGCUGUGUACGGUGAAGGUGAACAAGGAGAGGGCGGUGAAGGCAUUAUACUACUGUUAUCUGUUUUGGGAAGUUUCUUCAAGAAAGAAGAGGUUCAGCAGAGUUUUCAUGGAUAUAGUUGAAUCCUCAGAUGUAUCCAUAGUAGAAUUUAGAAGUCUUGUGGCAGGGAAAGGUGGAGAGUUAACACAUGAUGAAACUACUAUUAUCUCUGGAGCUUUGGAUUUAACACAAAAGACUACUAAAGAUGCUAUGACACCUUUAUCUGAAAUAUUUUCCAUUGAUUUGAAUUCUAAACUAGAUGAGGAUACAAUGAGCUUGAUAAUGGGCAAAGGGCACAGUCGCAUACCUGUCUAUUCAGGAAGCCCAUCAAAUAUUAUAGGCCUUAUUUUGGUAAAAAAUUUAAUCAAAUGCCGUGCUGAAGAUGAAACACCAAUCAGAAUUCUUACCAUCAGGAGAAUUCCUAGGGUGGAGGAUAGUUUACCACUGUAUGAUAUACUGAACCAAUUCCAAAAAGGGCACAGCCACAUGGCUGCUGUUGUGAAGAGCAAGCACAAUGUUAAGGACACUGCAGGAAAUGCAACAGAAAAAAAUGACAUGAUCAUGAUAAACAUCAAUUCAAACUCGUCAAUACUACAAAAACAAGCAGAGGGAAAAUUUUUGGAAUCACUUCCAGAUCAAGAGGAAGAAGUCAUUGGUAUCAUUACUAUGGAAGAUGUUUUAGAGGAACUCUUACAGGAAGAAAUACUAGAUGAAACUGAUGAAUAUGUUGAUGUUCACAAUAAGUGA